AUGCAAAAUCUCCAACAUUUGAAAUUCUUCCUCCUCCACCUCCCUCCACCUCCACUCCUCCACUACCCACUCUACGCUAUACAGACGGAGAACGCCGUGCUCUUUGACCCUUGUACUCCGUGCGCGUACAAAGUACAGAGUACAGCGUACAAACCAAAAACCCAACAACCUGGGUAUCCCGCGGUCCACCCCGAGCACGAGUCUCCGACCAAACAAUCAUCCCGAGGGACCCCUCCCCCAUUCGAAGCCCUUCUGAGCCUGUUGAACCCAGUUGGCCUCCAUUUUGAGUCCACCGAGUCCACCGAGUCCACCGCGGGCUACUAA